ACCUUUCUUUCUCCACAGUUUGAAGCAAUUGGACAGAAUGGACAGAAGGAAUAACACACAUGUGUCUGACUUCAUCCUUAUGGGUCUGACAGAAUCUGAAGAGAUCCAGUUGGUCCUCUUUAUCAUAUUUCUCAUCAUAUACCUGAUCAGUGUCCUGGGAAACACAGGGAUGAUACUGAUCAUCCACCUGGAUCUCCAGCUUCACACUCCCAUGUAUUUUUUUCUCAGUCACCUUUCGUUUCUUGACAUUAGUUACUCAACAGCCAUCACACCUAAAACCUUACACAACUUACUGACCUCCACAAAGCACAUUUCAUACAUAAGCUGCUUCACCCAAAUGUACUUUUUUGUCUUCUUGGGUGUCGCUGAAUGUUUUCUUCUCUCCUCAAUGGCCUAUGAUCGCUAUGUAGCUAUCUGCAAUCCUCUGCACUACCCUGUUGUUAUGUCCAAAAGAUUCUGUUGUUCCCUCAUCUUUGGGUCCUAUUUCAUUGGCUCUACAAACUCUAUGAUCAAUGUGCUUUUCAUGAGCAGACUGGAAUUCUGUGACUCCAAUGUAAUCCAUCACUUUUUCUGUGACACUUCCCCAAUCCUAGACCUGUCCUGUACUGACACACGUGGUGUGGAAAUCAUGAUAUUCAUCCUUGCUGGCUCUACUCUAAUGGUUUCUCUUAUCACAAUAUCUGUGUCUUACCUGUCCAUUCUGACUACUGUACUGAAAAUUACUUCCACUUCAGGAAAGCGAAAAGCCUUCUCUACAUGUGCCUCCCAUCUCCUGGGAGUCACCAUCUUUUAUGGCACUAUGAUUUUUACAUAUUUAAAACCACGCAAGUCCUAUACCUUGGGCAAAGAUCAAGUGGCUUCUGUGUUUUAUACUAUUGUGAUUCCCAUGCUGAAUCCACUCAUUUACAGCCUUAGGAAUAAAGAAGUGAAAAAUGCUCUCAUCAGACUCAUGCAGAAGAGACAGGACUUCAGGCCAUUAAAGAAACAUCAUUUCUAA